CCGGAGGAAAAGGUAAAAAUGCCCUGAUCACUCUUCAGCAGAUGCGUAAAAAAGCAGCCGUGGCGGCGUUCUGUGCUCUUCUGCUGAUGCAAGCAUGCGGGCCCCUCGCGGCCCAGACGCCGGCGCCGGUGCCGCCGCCCGACGCUCCCGGGCUGCUGCAGAGGCUCCGGGACCGGGCCAGGGACGUCCAGCAAAAGGUCUACGAUAUCGGGGGCACGGCGAUGGCCCUGGCCGAUGCCUACUACGAAGAACACAUCCAACCGGUGACUGCCGGUUACACCGAGUGGGCCUCCAACCUCAAGACCUCCAUGUGGACCCGGAUCAAGACCACCGUGGACAGCUACGUGUCAUGAGCGGUGCACUGACAUUUGAUUCUGUGCAGAUCCUGUGUCACGGUUUCACUGGGCUUUGCUUGCAGUGAUGCACCAAAAAAAAAACAACAUGAUAAUAAACCUCCAGGUUUAAACAAAA